UCAUGAAAUCGGAGUUGGUUUCUCUGCCUCAAAAAAAAAAAAAAACCUGCAUUCACUGAAAUACAUCUACUUCAGUUAUUUCAGUUUAUGCUUCUGUCUUUGAGGUAAAACAAAUAAGUACCGUCUAUGGUUAUACUGAAAAUUAUGGAGGAAGAACUGAAUUACGUCACAGUGACUUUCAAGCCUAAGGAAAAGCAAAACGACCUGGAAGGAAUCUAUGAAGAGAUGAUGACUAAGGAACAGGCAAAGGAUACAAAUCCUGUCAAACAAGAAAAUAAAAAGAAAGCUCCGCAGUAUAGCCUGCUUCAUCUGCUGGCAGCAGGUUUGGGGAUUAUUUGUGUCAUCUUGGUGUCAGUCGUCAUCAUACUCAGUAUCCACUUGAAAACAGUCAGGUCAGAGCACAGGUCAGAAAAUAUCAAUUUAACAACGCAGAAUCUGCUGCUGCGGAAGGAGAUGACAGACUUAAAGAGAAAGAGAGAAGAGCUGACCAGAGAGAGAGAUGGACUAAACUGGACCAUCAGUGUCAUCCUGGAAUAUGAGAACUUUCCAGUGCAUAGCCACUGCCCACAGAAAGUGUGUACACCUUGUCUGGACGGCUGGGUACCUUUUCAAUCAAACUGUUACAUGUUCUUUCAAUCUGAUUAUUAUUACUCUUGGAAGACGUGGCAAGGAAGUCGUGAUUACUGCAGAGAAAUGACCGCGGAUCUGGUGGUGAUUGAAAGCCAGGAGGAACAGGAAUUCAUCAGCAGCCAUAUUAAAUCCUAUGAUGAUGAAAGGCAUGGCUAUUGGAUUGGCUUGAGCAAGGAAGUGAUGGACACAUGGACGUGGGUAGAUGGAAGCAACUUCACUGUGAGGUUCUGGAAAACACAACAACCUGGCUACAGAGUGUCUUGUGCGCUAAGUCUGCCAGAAGUAGAUCCUCAGGCCAACUGGUACAAAGCAAGCUGUGACAUGAGGAACCGCUGGAUCUGUGAAACAAGUGCCUUGAUCAAACCAGUCUCAUUACUGCAGUAUCACUGUUUGACAUUGUCCGGUAAAAACGUGUCAUUAUGCAAACUGGGAAGCUGCAGUGUGGGGGAAAGAGGAAACUCUUGUUUUGUUCUCUAUGGGGUACUGCAUCACUGCCAAAUUUUGUUCAGUCACACCCUUCAAACAUCAGUUUCUCUUAAAACCUGCUCUCAUUCUCUGCACUGGAACAGUAUGGAGGAAGAACUCAAUUAUGCUACUGUGGUUUUUAAAGAUGGUGGUGGACCUCCAAAGGAGAAAAAUGAGGACUCGACAGUUUACUCUGCAGUAAAAUCUAAAGGGCUUGCUACUACUGAACCAACAGAUGGUAAAGCAGCUGCAUGCUCUCAGCACUUUCAUCUGUUGCCGGUGUGUCUGGGGCUACUUAGUGCCCUCCUGGUAGCAAGCAUCAGUGCCAUCAUCUACAUCAGUGUGGCAAUGAACGAACAGAAAGCAGACUUCAGAGCAAACCUCCGCAACCUCACAACAGAAAACCAGCAACUGAUCAUGGAGAGGAGCAUCUUAGAGAAUAACACAGAGGAGAUAAGCAGAGCCAGAGAUGAUCUCAAUUGGACGCUCAGCUUCAUCAUGAAAUUUAACACCUUUCCCGUAAAUGAAUACUGCCCUACGAAAAAGUGUCAGCCAUGUCAGAAAGGCUGGAUUCUGUUCCAGGAAAAGUGCUAUCUGUUUUACAACAAUAAUCCUUGGAAGACAUGGCAAGAAAGUCAAAAGUAUUGCAAAGACACAGCUGCUGAUCUGGUUGUUAUUGACAGUCUACAAGAACAGGAGUUCCUCAGUAACCACACAGAGUACUACUACGACAAGUAUCACGGAUACUGGCUGGGAUUACAUCAGUCUGCUGACGAAAACUGGCUGUGGACCGAUGGACGUAAUGACACACUAGGGUACUGGAUGAGGGAAACACUUGGUGAUAUUGGUAAAUGUGCACUGAUGAUCCCCAGGCUGCAUUCCACAUCCAACUGGGACCCAGCAGACUGUAAAAUGCGCAAUAAGUUCAUCUGUGAGAGAGAAGUCCUGAUAAGGUCCAAUUAUUAAGUCCCGUUAUUUUUCAUAGCAUUAUGUUCGUUUUCUCAGUGUAUUCUUGCGCUACAUGUUUGCUGCAUGCUAAACUAAAUUUCCAAAAUUGUAUCACCAGUUUUUGAAAAUGAGAAACACAUAUAAAAGAAUAAUAGAUCAGUGAUGUUCCUCAUAUAAUAAUGUAUUUGUUCAUCAUUUUGUGCACCUAAAUAAUAGUUUUGUUUACCUGUAACAUUAUUUUAAAAUGUUGUCUAUUUAAUUAGCCAUGGUGUCAGAUGUUGCAUGUCGUGCACUUAAAAGUUUGGAAAUGUAAAAGUGUCGGCAGAAGUUUUUGAUGUUACAUAAUGGCUUAUGCACACUGUGCUCAAGUCACUGCGUUUCACAUUAGACUGGACAUAUAGGAGUCUGUGUUGCCAAUGAGCUGAGACUGGUAUGUGCAAUAAGGUAGUUUCACAUCCAGGAACAUUGCACGCAUUUAAUGCGUCUUUUGAGUGAAAUCUGUUGUAAGCUACUGAGACAGACCGUUGACACACAACCUUGCGACCUUCCGGUCUGAUUUCUCCAUCUCAAUCUGCCAUGUAUGUGAUCUCUGAGCGGCCAAAGAUUUUCAGGUUCUGGAAAGUUUAAAGUUAUUAUUUGUAGUAAAAAAAAAUAAGAAAGCAAAAAAAAAAAACUGAAUUGAAAUUGAAACAACUAAAGGGCAGAGUUAUAAAUAUCAGCUUCAUAUUCAUAUGUUGAUACUGUUGCA